GCCCCCUCCCGCCUCCUCCUGCCUCCAAAUCCAGGAGAUUUUAAACAGCAGCACUGGUGGUGUGUGUGUGUGUGUGUGUGGGGGGGGCUCCUUGUUCUGAGCCUGUUGGGGUCACGUUCCCAGAUCAUUUCCCGGCCCAGCUGGGACCCAGGGGCUGAGCCCGAAGCAGAGAAUCCAGCCGAGAUCCAGGGAGUCCCAUGAGGGCCCUGCCCCGUUUCUUCUCCGCCCCGACGCAGGCUCCAGCGGCUGCAGCGGAAAGUGACAUAAACAAGGACUGCAGGAGUUUAUCUUUCGUCUGUUUCCUCAUUCCGUGGCCACGCGUCCUAGGGGCGCAGGGCAGGGGCGUCGGCCGGGAGCUCAGCGCUGGGCUUGUUCUCCACGGCCUCUGCAAGGAAACAGCUCUUGGGGUUCCCUGAAGUUUUGCCUCGAAGGCUGCGAGUCCUCCCGCGCCGGGGCAGGUCCUGCCUUUUUCCCAGCCGAGUUCGCUACACCGCCUGGACGCCCUGGGCCGGAUUGGCGAACCGCAGGGGGAUUCUCCGGCCAGGGCUGUGUGGGAGGCCGGGCGGUUCUGGGUCGCUGUGCGCUAGGAAGAGCUGCUCCCCGCCCGUGGAGAUGUUGCGGCUGGCUUGCUGGCUAGUGGUGCUGGGACAUGUCGCCGCAGGACCAGACACGGCCACUCAGGCGAGUGACGGCCCCCAGCUCCACCACCGGGCCGGCCAGGACGUCACGCUGGAAUGCAGGGCCCGAGCACCCCUGGACCCCCACCCGCACCACCUGCGCGUGCACUGGCACCUCCUGCGGGAGCUGGCGGGGGGCUCCGUGGUGCACAGCUACCACGCGGGGGCCGACCAGCUGGGAGACCAGGCUGAGGAGUUCAGGGGCCGGACGCGGCUCCUCCUGGAGGGGAUCCGCGAGGGGGUAGCGGCCCUGAGUCUGGCCGGCGUGCGGCCCUCGGACAGCGGCACGUACCGGUGCUUCAUCAUGGACGGUCAGGGUGCUGACAGCAUGGACAUCGUCCUCCAUGUGGCAGCCCCGUACGAGCCCCCGCAGCUCGCCGUGCUCUCCCGGGCUGGGGGGCAGCUGGUCCUGCAGUGCUGCUCCGCGGGGGGUUACCCCCAGCCCGAGAUAACGUGGCACGACGGGAACGGGACCCGGCUGAGCCAGGACGAGCCGGUGGAGCUGCAGCGGAGCAGACAGGGGGCCUUCGAGGUGCGGAGCAGCCUGUCGCUGACGCCCCGCCCCGGGGGGUCCGUCUGCUGCGCCCUGAGCCACCAGCCCCUGCAGCAGAACAUGAGCGUCUGCGAGACCCUCCCAGCCUCGGAGGAAGGGAGCCGACCCGAGGAGCCGUACGUCAUCCUGGGGCUAACCCUUGGGUACGUGGCCGUUGCGGUGCUCAUUGUCCUGUGGGGCACUGCAGCUGUGCGACCCACGGAGCGCAUGAGUGGGGGAAACCCGCGAGGUCCGUUCUGGGAGAGGCCAGCGGGCGUCACCGGGAAACCACCCACCCGUGGGCACAGGCACUGUCACCUGGCCUGCACUCAGAGCCCUGCGGAACCAAGACGUUCAGCCGCCAUCAGCCAGGCUACGCGACGGGCGUAAACCAAGCGGUAUCGAUAACCGAGCUCGCAGCAGCUCCAAGGGCCAAGGCUUGAUGCCCAGCGUUGGCCACGGUGGCAAGAGGAAGAUGAAGCACAUGCUGCCCACGGGAUGCUCCACAGUGGCAAAGGACUCGAGGUGCUCCCUAGUGUGCCGAGAUCGCGCGCAAGGUAACUGUGGCGCGAGCCGCUCGGCUUGCUAGCAGGGUCACCAACCCAAAGGCCAGCCUGUGCAGCGCGGAAAACGAAUCCAUUGGCCCCUCCUUGGUGUCACUGGGUUUAAUGAAAUACAAACCUGCCCCCUUGAGUCUCCUGCCUGCAAACUGCUUUCCUGCUAGACCGCGAGGCCGGGCUUUGGCCACGGAGGCUCCCAAAGAACAGCGGCCGCCCACAGCGCGUCUCCGCUGUCGCUCCACAGGUGCUGUGACAACGAUGGGAAUUCUAGUGAUAUGUUCGUGGGGCCUGUGCACACCUCUGGGCUUCGUCCCGCUGUGCGGGGAGGGCAAAGGACUGAGUGGGACGAACUGGGAAUCUUCUAUAGCCUUUUUUUUAAGUCUGCUGCAUGCCUCAGUUUCCCCCUAUAUAUUGCAUGGCUGCCCCAUGUGGGGGGGAGGACAGUUUGCUCGCAGGGCAGGGUGUGUGUGUCGCCUCGCUCUCUGAGCCUGGUCUCUCGUGCCCUCACACUGGCUUUCUUUGGCCAGCCCCUGGUCAGGACGGUUCUUGGCCCCUGGCCCCUAGGGAGGCUUCAGUCCCAUGGGGGUUUCCGGAGGCAGCCGGGGCAGGGGUGUUGCCCCAUCGCUGUCCCAGGCCUUUCUGCCU